AUGGAAGAUCCCAUUUACAAUUCGUUAAGACGUACGAAUGCCAAUGAGCAUGUCACUCCUGAGAGUCUUGUUCACCAGAGCAAAAUUUUAACCAAAGAGGAAGCUGAAAAUGUGGUGAAUGAAAAGAUUGCGUUCAAGCCGGUUCUGCUUGUGCCUACUAUGCCAGAUGGAAAAAGAAAACAAACCGUCGAUCGACAAAGUAGGAAAAAAAGGGCUUUGUCCUCAAAAGAAAAGCGAGAUCUCCAUCUAAAUAGAGUACCUAAGCAUUUGAAGUAUGAACAGUUUGAACCUUUACACUCCAUAUGGUGCAAUUACCUUGACGAGGCAAUUGGCAAUUCCACUGGUGAACCUCUUCUUGCUAAAAUGAUCAAAGCGGAGUUUCAUGGAUCUUACAUGCGGGUCGUUCGCUGCAAGAGUCCUUCUCGUAUUGGAAUCGAGGGGAUUUGCGUACAUGAAAGCAAGAAUAUGCUUUCUCUUGUAACGAAAAAUGAUACCGUUGUGCGAAUUCCAAAAACUGAUACUAUAAUGCAAGUGAUUGCUAAUAUGUCUAAUAGACGUUUAGUUAUAGAACUUUACGCUCAUCAUUUACUUUUUCGGGCUGGUGAUCGAUCCAAUCGACGAUAUAAAGGGAAAAACACGAUAGAUUUGUAA